UCUCCGUUAGCAUUGGUGUUACAUAAAUCUCUCGAAGCACAACAGAGACUAGCACUCACAUCACAAGCGCUAGGGUUUGCAGUUUGCAUCAUGGCUCGCGGUGGAAAACACGAGGACGAUUACGAGGAUGAGUACGAGGAGGAGGACGAUGAGCCGGUCGCCGAUUACGACGACGAUGCGGCGGAGGAUGAAGAUUACGACGUGCACGGCAAAGGAGGCAGCGGCGGCGGCAGGAAGCGUGGUAGAUCUAGCUUCAUCGCUGAUGACGCCGAGGAGGAUGAGGAUGAAGAGGAAGAGGAUGAUGAGGAUGAGGAUUACCGCGGCGGCGGCGGCGGCGGCGGCCGAGCGAAACGGAAGCGCAACAACAAGGCUUCCGCGUCGGAUUUCUUCGAUGAAGAGGCCGCGGUUGAUUCCGAUGAGGAGGAGGAAGAGGAAGAAGGCGAAGACGACUUCAUUGUUGACGGUGGACCUGAUCUGCAAGAGGAAGAGCAUGUUGGAAGGGUGCGAAAUACUCGUAUGCUGCCACCACACCAUGAAGAUCAUGAAGAUCUUGAAGCUAUGGCACAAAGAAUUCAUGAAAGAUAUGGAAAGCAGCGUAUGCCAGAGUAUGAUGAAGAAACUACAGAUGUAGAACAACAAGCUCUUUUGCCAUCUGUGAGAGAUCCCAAGCUGUGGAUGGUCAAAUGUUUGAUUGGUCGUGAACGAGAAACAGCUGUUUGUCUCAUGCAAAAGUACAUAGAUAAGGGCUCCGAGUUGCAAAUUAGAUCAGCUAUUGCUCUUGAUCAUUUAAAAAAUUAUAUAUAUGUGGAAGCAGAUAAAGAAGCCCAUGUUAGAGAGGCUUGCAAAGGUCUCCGCAAUAUAUAUGGCCAAAAAAUAACACUUGUUCCUAUCAGAGAAAUGACUGAUGUGUUGUCAGUUGAAAGCAAAGCUAUUGAUCUUGCGAGAGAUACUUGGGUCAGAAUGAAGAUUGGGACAUAUAAAGGAGACCUUGCCAAAGUGGUGGAUGUUGAUAAUGUGCGGCAGAGGGUUACUGUGAAACUAAUUCCAAGGGUAGACUUACAGGCCCUCGCAGACAAAUUGGAAGGUAAGGAAGUUGUGAAAAAGAAGGCAUUUAUUCCUCCUCCUCGUUUUAUGAAUGUAGAUGAAGCUAGGGAACUACAUAUCCGUGUGGAGAAUAAAAAAGAUUCCUAUGGGGAACGAUAUGAUGCCAUUGGAGGCAUGAUGUUCAAAGAUGGAUUUUUAUACAAAAUAGUAUCAAUCAAAUCAAUAAGUGCUCAGAACAUCAACCCUACUUUUGAUGAACUUGACAAAUUUCGGAAACCCGGAGAUGGUGGAGAUGGUGAUGUAGCUAGUCUUUCAACUUUGUUUGCAAACAGAAAGAAAGGACAUUUUAUGAAAGGUGAUGCUGUCAUUGUCGUCAAGGGCGAUUUAAAGAACUUGAAGGGAUGGGUGGAGAAAGUGGAUGAAGAUAAUGUUCAUAUAAAACCAGAACUUAAGGAUCUCCCGAAAACUCUUGCAUUUAAUGAAAAGGAACUUUGUAAGUAUUUUGAACCUGGAAAUCAUGUUAAAGUUGUAUCCGGUGCUCAAGAAGGUGCUACUGGCAUGGUAGUAAAGGUGGAUCAACACGUGUUAAUAUUAAUAUCAGACACGACAAAGGAGCACAUCCGUGUUUUCGCAGAUGAUGUUGUCGAGAGUUCUGAAGUGACCACCGGAAUUACAAAAAUUGGGGACUAUGAACUUCGUGAUCUUGUAGAGCUUGAUAAUUCGAACUUUGGUGUGAUAAUACGUGUAGAAAGCGAGGCAGUUCAGGUUCUUAAAGGGGUUCCUGACAGACCUGAAGUUGUGCUUGUUAAAUUAAGAGAGAUCAAGAGGAAAAUAGAUAGGAAAAUGAGUGUGCAGGAUAAGCUGAAGAAUACAGUAUCGUCAAAGGACGUUGUGCGGAUUGUUGAGGGUCCCUGUAGAGGCAAACAAGGUCCUGUGGAGCACAUAUAUAGAAGAAUCUUGUUUAUCUUUGAUCGUCAUCAUCUUGAACAUGCUGGCUUUAUAUGUGCUAAGGCCCAAUCAUGUGUAGUUGUGGGAGGUUCCCGUUCCAGUGGUGACAGAAAUGGUGAUGCCUACUCAAAACUCUCGGCCUUCAGAACUCCACCUCCUAUUCCAGAUUCCCCGAAGAGGUUUCCUCGAGGAGGGCGAGGAUUUGAUUCUGGAGGGAGGCAUAGGGGCGGAAGGGGGGGACAUGAUGGUUUGUCAGGUACAACAGUCAAAGUACGCCAGGGUCCCUAUAAAGGUUAUCGUGGGCGUGUUAUAGAGGUUAAAGGCGCAAUGGUUCGGGUUGAAUUAGAAUCCCAAAUGAAGGUUGUAACAGGUAAAUUUUUUAAUUUGGGCAUACACUUUAGCUGCGUGAGAUUUUGUAGUACAUGGUCUCUGACUUGGUUGUUUGCAGUUGAUCGCAACCAUAUAUCUGACAAUGUGGCUGUAACCCCAUACCGUGAUACAACUCGAUAUGGGAUGGGAAGUGAAACCCCAAUGCAUCCAUCUCGAACUCCCUUACAUCCAUAUAUGACCCCUAUGAGAGAUCCUGGAGCAACACCUAUUCAUGAUGGAAUGAGGACGCCAAUGCGUGACCGAGCAUGGAAUCCUUAUACACCAAUGAGUCCUCCAAGGGAUAACUGGGAAGAUGGAAAUCCGGGCUCUUGGGGAGCCAGUCCACAGUACCAGCCAGGAAGUCCUCCUUCCCGGCCAUAUGAAGCCCCAACUCCUGGUGCUGGUUGGGCAAGCACUCCUGGUGGCAAUUAUAGUGAAGCUGGGACUCCAAGGGACAAUUCUGCCUACGCCAAUGCUCCAAGCCCAUAUUUACCGUCAACACCUGGUGGACAGCCUAUGACACCAAAUUCUGCAUCUUAUCUUCCUGGCACCCCGGGAGGACAGCCUAUGACUCCAGGAACUGGUGGUCUGGACAUGAUGUCCCCAGUUUUAGGUGGGGACAACGAAGGGCCGUGGUUUAUACCAGAUAUAUUAGUCAAUGUACACAGGGGUGGAGAAGAAUCUAUUGGAGUUAUAAAAGAGAUUCUUCAGGAUGGCUCUUGCAGGGUAGCACUUGGGCCUAGUGGUAAUGGUGAAACAUUAACAGUCCUUCCUACUGAAAUGGAAGCUGUAGUACCGAGGAAAUCGGACAAAAUUAAAAUUAUGGGUGGGGCAUUGCGUGGUGCCACCGGCAAGUUGAUUGGAGUAGAUGGUACUGAUGGUAUUGUAAAGGUAGACGACACAUUGGACGUUAAGAUUUUAGACUUGGUUAUUUUAGCCAAAUUAGCUCAACCUUGAUAAAGCUUCUUGUGGAGAAAUUGGUCAAUGCAUAUAUUUAUUCUCAUCUGUUGGGAGCUCUUUUGCGUUAUUAUGUCUUUAAUAAGUUUCAUCGCUCCCCCCAGAACUUGAUUAAGUGAAGUUGCAUGCAUGAGACCCAACUGCAGACACUGUUUUCUCUUCAAAUUAAGAGCGAUUAAAAUUA